ACCCUAACCCCUCGGCCCCGUAGGCCGUAUCCCCUGGCCCUGAAACAAGGAGAGGAAUGGCGUAGAGCAGGACCUCACGCCGGCGCAGCAGCGACAUGCCGCUCCUUCGCGCCGCGCUCCGCCGCUUCUUCUCCUCGGAGCCGUCGGGGCCUCCGAAGCUACGGAACCUACCCUACCGCCUCCGCCGCGCCGCUGUCCCCGCUGCCCGCACCGCCGUCUCCGACUACCUCAUCUCCACGCGCUGCCUCCCCUCCUCUCACGCCGACUCCAUAGCCGCCCUCUCCCCGCGCUCCCUCCUCACCUUCCUCGCCGGAAUCCCAGCCGUCCCCAGUACCUUCCCCUCCUCCGACCUCCCCUCCCUCCUCCGCCGCCAUCUCUCCUUCCACCCGCUCAACGAGCUCCCCUUCUUCCUCGAGUCCAUCGGCCUGCCCCCUUCCGCCGACUCCGAGCUCAUGUUCCUCAACGACCACCCGUCUCUCCUCCCUGCCGUCGCCGCGCUCGCGCAUUUCGGCUUCCCAUGGUCCCGCCUCGGCCUCCUCUUCCCGGACGUCCUCCUCCAAGUCCCUCCCGAUCUCAUCUCCGCCCGCCUCGUAGUCCUCGAGGAACGCCUCCGCCCACUGGUCCGCGCCGCAAUCAUCGCUGCCUGCCUCGCUUUCCCCUCGCUUAUUGAGAACGAUUUCUGCAGCUGUGCCCCCCUUGUAGAAGAUCUUAUAAUGGCUUUUGGAGGAUUGGCCUCGGAUUUAGGAGCUAUCAAUGACAUUGAUGUGUUCUUCGGGGUGUGCCGCAGGAUGCAGAUGUUCUACGAUGCUGGCAUGAGUACUGGGAGCAUCGGGGGACUUGUAGGGUGCAAUCAGAGGGUUUUUCUUGAGCUUAAGGAGGAGCAGAUUGGUGAGAGGUUGAAAUUUUUCAAAAAGUUGGGGCUGGCAGGGGAUGAGGCAGGGAAGUUCUUACUGCUCAAUCCUGGAGUUUUUGAUCUUGAUUUUUAUGAUGUGGUGAUCUCAGUGCCGGAGUACCUGAGGAAAGUUGGGUUGGCAGAGGAUGAGGUUGAUGCGGCAGUGAAGAAGCACCCAUAUGUGGUUGGGAGGAACCGGUUGGAGAACCUCCCUGGUGUGUUGCGGGCAAUGGGGUUGAAUCAUCGGUUCCUGGAGAAAAUUUCUGGUGGCGGGGAGAACUUGCGGUAUUUAUCAUCAGAUUUCGUGUUGGAGGAUUCUAGGUAUGAUAUGGAGGUCGAGAGAGCGUUCUUAGAUAGAAUAGAUAAGGUGAAGGAGGACAAGAAUGCACAGCAUAUAGACAGCAAACUGGAGUUCUUGAAGAGCAUUGGGUAUGGUGAGAACAAGAUAGCCACAAAGGUACUCCCGGUCCUGCACAGCACUCAGGAACUGCUGCAGGAGCGAUUUGACUACCUCCUCGAAAGAGGUGUGGAGUACGAGAUGCUGUGCCGGAUUGUAAGUGUGUUCCCAAAGGUGCUGAACCAGCGCAAGGAGAUGCUCAAUGAGAAGUUGAACUACAUGACUGGAGAGCUGGGCUACUCCUUGGAGUAUCUUGAUUGCUUCCCAGCAUUGUUGUGCUUUGAUCUGGAGAACCGGGUCAAGCCUAGGUAUGCAAUGCUUCGGUGGCUCCAAGAGUAUGGUCUGCUAAAAAGACCAUUAGCCCCUGCAACUGUUCUUGCUAACUCAGAGAAGAGGUUCAUUUCCAAUCUAUACAAUGUGCAUCCUGCAGCGCCAAAGCUGUGGCUUGAGUGCUUCUCUUCUAGAAAACACAUGGAGUAUUAUCUCAGGAAUAUUCAUUACCGGCAUCCAGACAAUGAAUAAAUAGAUGGGUUGAAUUAUACCAGCAUGAUUCAUGAGUGAUGGAGGUACAAAGGAUUGUCAUCUGCAACCUUUUUAUGGUAUCCUCUCCCUCCAAAAGGUACUACUGAGCUGUUACGACUUUCCAUUGUUCAAAAUUCUUUGCUCCUGCAUAUUUUAGUGGUAGAGCACAUGAUGUAGGAUGAAAUGGAAUACAUCGAUUCAAAAGCCAACCAUGUAACUUAAUUUUGUUGAAGUUGUGUUGUACAUUCUACUUUUUUAUGAACCUUAUCAGAGGGCGGGGUGCUCCCACAAUUUCUGAAUUUCAUUUAGAAGAAUAGAAUGAUCCGGUUUAUGAGGAUUUGUUGUACAUUGUAGCUCUGAGACUAAUCACAUUUCCACUGUGCCUUCUGCCUUGCAUGGAAGAACAUGAUAUAUUGAUCUGAGGUGAAAGACUGUUACUGAUAAUAGUUGGGUGGUACCAUCAUCGUCAUUUCAUUCAUUUGGUUGGAUCAUACUGAACUCAUGUUGUUAUAAUUCAUGAUAAGUUCUUCUGUGGAUUGUAUUCUUUGGGUUUGAUCGCUCUACUAUGUUGUCUUCUAUAUGCAACGUUAUGCUGUGUAGGACAAUGCAAAUCGCACAUCUCGGAAAAACGCUCUUUGUGACAACUGGGAUAUAGACGUGGAAGAAAUGCCCAAUGGUUGGCGACGCCUAAUUGUUGGAAUGCACAAGAAGUUCUUUGAUAAUACUUUUGCAAUAAAUUGUGCUGCCUUAUGGCUCUUCAGUUUUUUGACUGGAAUUAGUUUUAGAGUUAUUUAUGUCUAAUCCUUCUAAGAAAGGGGGUACUCAAAUGAAGGCUGGAAGAACCUGCAUGUUGGGCAGAUGAAAUUAGAGAUUAAAGAAUUCAUAGCACUGACAUCGUAUUUGAGUUUGUUUGGGCACGUCCAGUGGGCAGCACGUAAGAUGGAGUUAUUUUAUAUACGGUGUACAUGUACAUAUUUGCUUUGUGCAGUAGCUGAAAAGGUAUAGCAACAACGAUAUGCUUUUGUACUA